GCCACACGAAUCUGCGCAGGUAUUGCAGUUCUAGGACGCAGGUACUCUCGCCGUCUAGACCGUGGACUCAACAAGCCGGAAGCAGACCAGGAUCUCGAAAUCUGGGGGCGGGGACUUGCAGAUAAGCCGGGGCACUACUCCAUCCGUCAUCUACACACCGGUAGAGAUGCAGUAACUACACUGGUCGAGACGCACACGGGCCUCAACUCAGCGUGAAGCGGCCUGCGACAAGCAAGAUUUAAAACCCUGUCUUCGCACCUCCAGACUAUUUUCUGUCAGAACCAACCCAUCGGUUCUGUCUCUUCCCACUCCAAUUCUCCUUCAACCUGACAUCUACACCGCACAGGACCAACAUAUCCCAAUGUCCUCCGCCAAAGACAAGAUGGUUCCGCAGGACGGCGGCGACGUCAUCCGGACGCCCACCGACGUGGCCGAGGGAAUCGUCGAGAAGCCGCAUGCUGCAGGCGCCGACCCUGCACUCGCCUUUAUCGGCGGCGAAGACAUUGAGUUUACUCCUGAGGAGGAGAAAAACGUCCUCCGCAAGAUCGACUGGGCUCUCAUGCCGCUGCUGUGCUGGAUCUACGCGCUGCAGUUUGCUGAUAAGACGUCUCUCAACUAUGCGUCACUGAUGGGCAUCCGCGAGGAUACCAAGCUGGACCCUGAUAGCCAGGAGUACAGCUGGGCUUCGAGUAUCUUCUACGCUGGUUAUAUUAUGUGGGAAUUUCCCACCACCUAUCUUCUCCGAGCUCUUCCUCUUGGCAAGUACACGUCCGCCAACAUCUUCCUCUGGGGCGGUGUCCUUACUUGCCACGUUUUUGUCUUCAACUAUGCCGGUCUUUUGAUUGUCCGCUUCUUCCUCGGUGCCCUUGAGGCUACAGUCACGCCUGCCUUCGUGAUCCUCGUCUCCGCCUGGUACAAGCAAAACGAGCAAGCCAAGCGCAUGGGCUUCUGGCUGAGCUGCAACGGCCUCGCCCUGCUUACUCUUGGCCCUCUUGCCUAUGGGCUCUCCGGCGUCACUAGCAGCAAGUUGGAGACCUGGAAGAUCCUGUAUCUUGUCCUUGGUUUGCCCACCAUCAUCACGGGUGCCUACUGCUGGUUUUACAUGCCCGACAACCAGACCAACGCCAAAUUCCUCACCCACCGCGAGAAAGUCAUUGCCAUUGAGCGUAUUCGAGGCAACUUCCAGGGGAUUGGUAGCCGUGAGUGGAAGUGGGAUCAGUUCUUCGAGGCUUUCCGUGACCCUCGCACCUAUCUCUACAUUGUCUUUUCCCUGCUCAUGAACAUUCCCAACGGUGGUAUCACCUCAUUCGGUUCUCUUGUUAUCAACUCUUUCGGCUUCAGCAAGCGACUGUCUCUGCUUCUCAACAUGCCCACUGGCAUCGUUGAUAUUACCUGCAAGCUGACAUUUACCUUCCUCUCCGACAAGUACCUGGACCGCUCACUCUUUGCCUUCAUCGCUAUCCUAAUUCCCAUGAUUGGCGGCAUUAUGAUGAUCUUCAUCCCCCUUACCGCCAAGGCUGGCCUUCUCGUUGGCUACUACUUCAUCGGUGCUGCCGGUUCUGCCUGGUGCCUGGUCAUGGUCAUGAUCUCGAACAACACCCUCGGCUAUACCAAGAAGGCCACCGUCAACGGUGCUCAGAUCCUCGCCUACGCCGCUGGCAACUGGAUCGGUCCCCAGACCUUCCGAGCGAACGAAGCCCCCGAGUAUUAUCACGGAAAGAUGAUGGUGGCCGUCAUGUAUGGCUGCGCAGCUCUCACACUUGUCGCUCUUCGCGUGGUCAAUAUCAUGGAGAAUAAGCGUCGUGACAAGUUGGCAGCCGAGCAGCCGGAGGAGAUUGUCGAAGGCACCGAGUUCUUGGAUUUGACUGAUUUCCAGCAACCGUCUUUCCGAUAUGUGCUUUAAUAAGGGGGGAUAUUACACAUCGGUGGUUGACGACACACUGCAGGGUGGGUUAUUGGUUCGCUCUAGGUCUAGCCUAGCCUGUUCCUACGAAUGAUCUGCUAGUUCAAGGGCUUGAUCGAUGGGCAUCCUCAAAUUACUGAACCUGAAUAUUUAUUUCUUGUGCUAUAACUUUACUAUACACUACCAGUACUCCG